AUGGCGUCCUCCAAUGAGCACCGCGAAGGUCUCUCGAUAGCAUCGAAGCAAGACCCAUUGCCACAAUCCCGCGAGCUUGGUGCUGUCAUGCCAGCGCCGACAGCCAAGGCAUCACCAUUCGCAAAAUCAUGGCCACACUUGGUAGCAGGAGGCAUCGGAGGCACAACGGCAGCCGUCCUGACCGCCCCUCUCGACGUUCUCAAGACUCGUCUCCAAUCCGAUUUUUACCAGGCGCAGCUGCGCGCCACGCGCGAGGCCCUGGGCCACCAACGGCUCGGACCCUUGCGCUCCAUCACCUACCACACGGCUGAGACGGUGCAGAUCCUGCGCGACGUGCACCGGCUCGAGGGCACGCGGGCGCUCUUCAAGGGCCUGGGACCGAAUCUAGUGGGCGUGGUACCGGCGCGCGCCAUCAACUUUUACGUCUACGGCACGGGCAAGCGGGCCUACUCGGCGUGGACGGGCCUCGACGCCACCAACCCCGUGGUGCACUUGACGAGCGCCGUGACGGCGGGCAUCGUGACGGGCACGGCGACCAACCCCAUCUGGCUGGUCAAGACGCGGUUGCAGCUCGACAAGAAUAACGCCGAGCGCCGCGGCGAUGUCUCGACCCGCCGCUAUCGCAACAGCUGGGACUGUAUCCGUCAGGUCAUGCGCAAUGAAGGACCUACGGGCUUCUUCAAGGGCCUCAGUGCCAGCUACCUUGGUGUCUCUGAGAGUACGCUGCAGUGGGUACUGUACGAGGAGAUCAAGUCCAAGCUCAAGCUACGCGAGGAGAGGCUGGUCCAGAGUGGUCGCGAGAGGACGUGGUGGGAUCACACGGUCGCGUGGACGGGCAACUUUAUGGGAGCUGGUGCCGCCAAGGGAUUGGCUUCGGUUUUGACAUAUCCCCAUGAGGUCGCAAGAACACGAUUAAGACAAGCACCAAUGGCCGACGGCAAGCCAAAGUACUCUGGCCUCGUCCACUGCUUCAAGUUGGUCUGGAAGGAAGAGGGCUUCAUUGGCCUGUACGGUGGCCUGACUCCUCACCUCAUGAGAACCAUUCCCUCGGCCGCCAUCAUGUUUGGCAUGUACGAGGGCAUCCUAAAGCUUUUCAACACAAAGGCCUAA